AUGUCCUCCCGAUUCCCCCCAUCGUCCGGGUUCAAUUCCCGUGACCGUUCUCCGCAGCGAUUUGGAGACCGUCGCCCCCCGGUUGGUCCUCGUGGUCCUGACGACGGACCUACACCAUUUGGUAGAGAUCCACCGCGUGGUCCUCGGGCUCUUGUUGAUUCCCCUCGUGGAGGCCAUUUUGGUGGUCGUGGUAGGGGUUAUGGUCGUGGUGACUUUCGUGACCGAGACCCACGAGACCGCGACCGAGAUCGUGACUUUCGAGAUAACCGUGAUGGACCACCCUUUCGCCGAGAUCUGGACCGGGACUGGGUUCGCCGCGAUCGUGAUUUCGAUCCCCGAGACAAUCGGAUUGGUUUUGGCCGAGGCCGCUCAAGAUCCCCGACACGCGACUUUCGGGAUAUAAGGGAGCUCCCAGGCCGCGAUUUUGAUCUGGUUCGGAUGCGACGUAACUCGAGGGAUAGUAUCAUAUCCGCAUCUUCGGGAGGCCCAGAAGGUCCCCCGCCUAAUGGUGGCCAUAUACACCGUGGAGGCAUGCGAGGACGCGGUCGCGGUGAUUGGGAUGGAGGCCGCGGUCGUGGUCGUCCACCCUUCCUCGAUGAUCGUGAUCUUUUCCGUCGCCGCAGUCGAUCCCGCGAACCGUGGCGUGGACGUGAUCGGAUGGUGGAUCGCGAUAGAGAUCGAGACAUGGACCGGGAUCGUGUAUUAGAUCGUGAUCGGAUGAUGGACCGAGAUCGUGACAGAGACCUUCCACGCCCGAGAGAUCGAGAUCGAGAAUUAGAUCGCGACUUGGACCGUCGAGAUCGCUUUGACCGCCGCGAAGAUUGGGACAACCGACGACCCGAUCGCGAGGACCGUGAUCGCCCAGUGGACUUUUGGAAACGAGACCGCCCCCCAAGUCGAGCAGAUAGCCGCGCAGCCAGCGGUUCAACCACUUCCUCACAUCCUCCUACAGCUCCCGGCCCUGGACCUGCACCCGCCCUAGGAGAUCGCCUGUCUGACCAUCCCCAAGUGGAUCAUGGUCGGAAACCUUCAACCAUUCCCAGCACUGCGGCUCUGGAACCUACGCGAGAUUCCGAGCGAAACGACCCAGUCGGUGUUCGAAGUAGUGCUAUUCGACCUGAUCCUAGUCGACCUGAUCCUAGUCGGCCUGAUCCUAGUCGGCCUGAUCCUAGUCGGCCUGAUCCUAGUCGGCCUGAUCCUAGUCGGCCUGAUGCUGUUCGGCCUGAUCCCGCUCGACCUGAUCCCGCUCGACCUGAUCCCGCUCGACCUGAUGCCGUUCGACCUGAUCCUAACCGACUGGACUCUGUUCGCCCUGAUGCUCGACCUGAUCUUACUCGGCCCGAUGCCGUUCGACCUGAACCUACUCGACCUGAACCUACUCGAUCUGAACCUACUCGACCUGAACCUACUCGACCUGAACCUACUCGACCUGAACCUACUCGACCUGAACCUACUCGACCUGAACCUACUCGACCUGAACCUACUCGACCUGAACCUACUCGACUGGAUUCUGUUCGCCCCGAUGCUCGACAGGAUUCUCCUCGCCUGGAUGCUCCUCACCCUGAUACUCGACCGGAUGCUCCCCGACCGGACGCCGUCCGCCCUGACGCCAUGAAGAGCCCUGGGCCUAUCACUCGGAACUCACCACCUCCAGCCGCCCCCCAGGUACCUGCCUUUGGCUCGGUGACUGCCCCCAUCACGAAUGCAUCCGUAAAUAAAGAUUCUUCAGAUCCACGCACGGAGCCUAUCUCUUCAUUCCACACAGAGAGAGACCGCUAUGAAGUUCCGCAACACCAGCCAGCCCAACCUCCUACAGGGCCCAAGGCGGAAAGGACUGAGAUCACACAGCCUUUUGAGCCUCGCAGCCGCCUUGAAGGACCCCGGGAGGCUGGAAAACAGCAAGUUGCGCCUCCUCGCCUCUCUAAACCGUCUAUCAAUUUCCCUGAUGGCUCACCACCCACUGCUCCAGCUGCAAUGACUCGACCAGACUCUGGGAUAGGACCGAACGAAGGAUUUGGGGCCGGGAGGUCGAACUCACUCACCUCUUCCCCCACUUUCGCACGAAUUCCACCUCCUGCUCCACGCGCAUUAUCCCGUGAGCCCUCGAUGUCGCCUCGAAUGAAAUCGUCCAACAUUCCAACUGGCCCUCGAGCAUUGCAAUGGAAGGCUCCCUCCCCUCGUGGCCGUAAAGGUAGUAAACAAUGGGUGCGACCUGGCUACGGCCGCACACCUUCUCUUCCUAAUGCACUGCCCAAACAAGAGCCUAUUGACGAGAGCGAAGGCGUUUCCCCUUCCAAUGAAGUCACGCGCUCUUUAUUACCACCUGAGACAGACGAGCCUGAGAGUGGCGAAAUUCUCCCCCAUGAGCCUGCGACAGAGCCCUCACCUGUUUCCCCAUCAUUGACCCUCCCACUCCGGCGCAGUUCAUCGGCCGCCGACAUUCAAACAGCCGAUGUCAAUGAACCCUCCGAGCAGGGCGGCACUGAUAAACCUGCCUUGAUACCAGACUUUGAAGGUUCAAGUGACGAGGAAGAUGGGGAGAACAUUGUUUUCACGCAAGAGUAUCUUGAUGAAAGAAAGCGGAUCUUUGAAAAGGAUAUGGAGUCACUCCGAGCAGAAUUGCCUCCAUCACCUUUGGAAGAUUCGGCUAUCGUUGCUCUUUUGAUUAAAAUCCAGCUACUUGGAAUGGUAGCCAACGAACAGACGGUUGAGCACCCUCCCAAACCUCGCGCCGAACAAGUGUUAGAUCGACCAGUGGAUCCUUUGCCUUCAGUAGAGGACGAUGAGGUAACCAAUCAUCCAAGCACUGAACGAGUGGUCUCUUUUGCUUCCACACUUCCUGGGCGCGAACCAGAGCCAAUCGUGGAAACUAUCAUCCCCCCCGUGGUACCCCCUGCUGAGGUUACUGUCGAAGGUCUUCCAUUCUUGCGGUCGGGUCCCCCAACGCCCAUCUCAGAUUUGGAUGUAUACCAUGAGAACAUUGCAACCCAAAAUCAUCUCAGAGACACGUUCAGCACAGAACUUUCAAAGGUCCAAGCGGAGGCUUUCAGGAAAAACACACUUCUUAGGGAUGAGUAUGUGUCUCACUACAAGCUCUGGCGAAUGGCUAUUUGGGAGCUCGAUCGUAUGAAGGACAAAAAGUCCAUGACCCCCGGUCCAACUUCUCUCCCAGCGUCCACGGCUCCAACUACUCCGGCGCCCAUGCCAGAAGGCCGUGAAGGUCGUCGAUACAAGGGAAACAGUGAGCUCGAUUUUCUCAAUGCUUUGAAGGCCUCCGAAAUCUCCGCCCAAGAAGAGCUUGAACGUCGACGAAUCAAGAUGGCUACUGCUCGGCCCGACUUGGGCCGUGAAGCAAUCAUUCCGAAUAUGCUCGAACCGCGGGAGGUAAAGGCUCGCAUCUACAAAGAUGUGAACAACACCAUUGAGUGUGACAGGGCUCUGGAUGUUUUCGGCUUUGUGCCGCCCCCUAAUGACUUCACCCCAGAGGAGCAUAUCAUCUUUACAGACGCUUUCAUGGCCCAUCCAAAACGGUGGGGCAAAAUUGCCGAAUCUUUGCCUGGUCGAAAUUUCCAGCAGUGUAUCGUACACUAUUACCUCACCAAGGAGGAGAUUAAGUACAAGGCCAAGCUCAACCAGCGCUGGAGUAAGCGGGGCAAGGGGACUCGAAAGGGUCCACGACCGAAGUCCAACGCCCUCAUCGCAGACUUGGGUGUGGUAAAACCUGAUUUUGUUGGGGAGGAGGAGCCUCCAGCUGUCACAGACACCGGUCGUCCACGACGCGCAGCCGCGCCCACUUUCGGGGAUUCCGCCGAGGCAGAGAGCGCGCCAGUUGGCCGUCGGGGCCAACUUGGCAAGGACAGCGAACCAGUGGAAAGAUCGUCGACUCGGCGUGGCGGACGGGGCGGAGGUACUCGCGGUGGACGGCGCGCGAAGACCACUGCUCAACCGGAUCCGAAGGCCCAGGUUGCAGUGCCACAGGGUGAUCCGCCUCCGAUUGUACCGCCAGCAUCACUUCAUCCUGGAAGCGAAAUGGAAUUAGCCCCAGAUCAUAUCUUGGAAGGGUAUGAGGCCAGGGAACGAGAGCGUUCCGAAAAAGAAUCCUUACCGCCAAUGCCACGAGGCAGGGUGGGACGCGGGCGAGCGAAAGAAGGGGUUUAUGUCUUUGAGUCUACUGAAGUUGAACCGCCUCUGGCGGCUAAACAGCUCGAGACGGGGUAUGGCUCCUUGCAACCAACGAGUUACUGGUCUGUACCGGAGCAGCGCGAUUUCCCAGCCUUGCUGGGACAUUUUGGUCGCGAUUUCGAGGGUAUCUCGGCCUGGAUGAAGACCAAGACAACGGUGAUGGUCAAAAACUUCUAUCAGCGCCGCCUCGACUCGGGCCAGAAAGACUUUGAGUUGAUUGCAACGGACGCAGAGGAGAAAAAGGCUCGCGGUGAAGCCACAGGACCGCUUCCUGUUCCAAGUGUUGCGCCAAAGCGACGAUACGAGGCCACUCCGUCUUCUAUUAUUCCUCGUCCACUUGCCCCCCAUGGGGAUCCUAUGACUGAGAUCGAUGAAAUACGAUUCCCUAAAGGCAAGCCCGUUGGUGUCUCACCGCAGCCUAUGUCCCUGCAUGGACGACCUCCGUCCGACAAGGACCGGAAUGCCGGUCGCUACCAGCCACUGGCACAGGCUUCCGCUGCUUCACCAGUGCCCUCUACCGCAACUCUAAUUGAAGAGUCGACUCGCGCGAUUCGCGCGCAGGGAGGUCCAUCCCACCGCAUCCAAGGGGGCCCACGCCUUGGGUAUUUUACAGAGGAAAGACGAGACUCUUCGACACUGCCCCAUGCCACUUCUCGCUCGCAAGAACUACCGAUUUCCUCGCGCCAUCCUGGCUCCAUGCCAUCGGAUAUGACACGAAUGGAACCUUUGUCCGCACAGACCUACAUGCCCACGCAGCAGCCAACUUCUCUCCUUUCAUCGACCCACUCACGUCACCCCAGCUUAACACAGCCCCCCGGCUCGCCAACCCAGCAGCUUAGACCGGAACUCGACAUUGCGUCUGUUCACCGCGAUCCCUUUGCCCAAAGACCCUAUUACUCGCUCGCAGGCCAACCUAUGGGGCUAGCCCAGUCGCCUCGCCCUGGGUUGUCCCCAGUGAAGGAUGUCCCUCGCCCAAGUGCUACUCCUGCCCCAGACGCAACUCGUCAAGUACCUGCCAAACGAUCUAACAUCAUGAGCAUCCUCAAUGAUGAACCUGAAGAGCCCCAGCCGCGAAAAAGAUUUGCCGGCGAGCAGACUCUGUCUUCCACUGGCGCAACCACAGGCAUAAAUCCAAGGCCCGUAUACCAGGCCAGUGGACCCCCUCGCCAUGAAGACACUAUUAUGUCAGGUAUGCCACAAAAGCCUUCUAGUUACGCUCAGCAAACCCAAUAUCAGCCAUCGUCUCGCUACCCAGAGUAUCCUGGCUAUGGGCCCCCUCAUGGUGGCUCGGGCACGUCAGCCAAUAAUGACUGGAUGGCACGGUUUGAUCCACGAGCGCAACAAACUCCACCGCAGCCUCAAGCCCAAUCCCUGCCACCACAGCAGCAGCAACGCGGGCGCCAGGGUUCUUAUUCAUCUUACGCGGCAACCCCGAGCCAAUCUUCCUUGACAAAUCUUCCCGCGCCAUCCCCAGCGCCGACUCCCCCGCCAACAAAUGCCUCUCAACGAUCGGCCUAUCCCAACGUCUUCUCCCAAGCCUCUGCUCAACCACCCAUGGCCUCUGGCUCCCGAGAUAUGGCCUCACAGCCGGCUUCCUAUCGACAAGCGUCACCUGGCCCGCGUUCUAGUAUGGCAUAUGGAUCGCGACAAGACCCACCAACGCCAGCACAGUCUUCGGCUAGCCUGUAUGGUAUGCACCCGCGUCAGUCCGCAACGCCAAAUCCAGUCCAGCAACACAGCUAUCAACAACAUGUGCAAACAAUGGUCAGUGGGUCACAUCAGCCGCAAUCCCACCGCUCAACACCGGUCAACCUACCCAAUGCUUCUUCCCAGUACGGGCACAACACUCCUCCUCCCCAGUCCCAAGCUGGUCGGUCAAUGGCAUCGCUGGCGAGCCUCGGUCGUUCAUACACUCCUCCAUCGGCUCUGCACCCCUCUAUGAGCGGAGGCACCAUCGGCGGCUAUGCUCCCCAGUCAACCGCGCCCGGAUCGAUGCCACCGCUCCACCAACGACCCCCAGGAUCGCUUGGUGACACUGUCUCCACCCCGACACAUCACCGUGUCUACAGCCAUGGGUCGGCGCAAGGCGGGCUACCGCCGCCUUCGCAACCUCCUCGCUAG